GUGGCCUCUGCAGGGGGUGCGGGGUGGGCGGAAGGCUGCCCUCCCAUCACCCGCGGCGGCUGCGGGGCGGGCGCAGGGCGAGGCGUCGCACAAAGGGCCGCUGUCCCGUCGCCGCCCCGCCCCCCGCCGGUGGCCCGCCUCUCCCCACCAUUCCCUCUCUCGCCUACUCAGUCUGGGUCCCCUCUCCUUCUUCCCUGUCCAGGGCAGGCUGCCCCUCGGGAUGAGGCCGGGUUGAGAGUCCCCUGCCCACUCGCUUCACUAGCUCCAGGGCUAGAAGAGAGCCAGAGCUACACCUCGCCACCGCGGGACAGAGACUGCGGACAGACGCGGGACCCAAGGAGCAUCACCAUGCAGGACUCUUCAGCCCUUGACAUGGCCAUCCAGCACGCCCUGGCAGGGCUCUACCCACCUUUUGAAGCCACUGCCCCUACUGUCCUGGGUCAAGUGUUCAGGCUGCUGGACUCUGACUUCCGGGGAGAUGGACUGAGCUUCCUCCUGGAUUUCCUCAUCCCUGCCAAGCGCCUGUGUGAGCAAGUGCGAGAAGCAGCCUGCGCCCUUUACACCCACUGCCUCUUCCUGCAUGAGGGCUGGCCGCUGUGUCUGCGGGACGAGGUCGUGGUCCACCUGGCUCCACUCAACCCGCUCCUGUUGCGUCAGGGCGACUUCUACCUUCAAGUGGAGUCCUGGGAGGAGCAGUCUGUCCACAUGACACUCAAGUGUCUCUCCUCAGACCUCCGCAAGGUGGACAAGAAGCCUAUUCCUGAGACUUCCUAUUCUCUGAUUUUCACCCCAGAAUGGCUGGAAGCCAUCAACAGUGACUUUGAGGGAAGCCCCUUACACAACUGUCUUGUGGCUUCAGAAAAUGGGAUCACGCCUGUGCCUUGGACCAGGAUAACCAGCCCAGAGUUUAUAGAUGACAGACCCCCAGUAGUGAACAUCCCUUCCUCAGAUGGGGACACUUGUCCUCUAGAGGUGCUCCAUCUGAGCAGUCCCCAGGAGCCAAGCCAGGCCAGCUCCUUGGGCAGCGUGGGGUCUGUGGCCCAGAGUUGGGCUAAGGAUAAAGGGAAGUUGUCUAGAGACAAAUAUCCUGGGCUCAUCAAGGUUGAGCCAGCAAGGUCAGGGCAGAUGGCCUUCAGGAUGGACAGUGAGACCAACCAGGGCCUGGAGGGGGACUAUGUGGCUCUCCUGGGCUUUCUCCAAGAGUGUAGAAGGGGGUCUCCAGACAGGGAGGUAGUUACACUCGGUGCGAACACUCAAGGAUCACAGGAGGAGACAUCCGGAACUAAGGGAGCACCUCUGCUUGGAAGGAUCCUACCUCUCCCAGGGCCAGAUGAGGGACUUCCCGUCGGAAGACCGGCAUGUGUGAAGCCAACAGACUCUGGAGAGAAGCCCUGUAGUGGAGGCUCAAGAAGAAAGGCCAGGCACAAAGCAUCUGACCACAUUGCAGAGAGACAGCCCCAGCAGCCCCACGUUGGUGUCCUGGAGAAGCCGCUGUACUGUACCUCUGGCCUGGUGGAAGAUACUGAAGAAGAGCCAGCAGCCUCUAAGAUGCAAACGCCUUUGGGAAUGCCAGCAGCCAUGGUCCAGCUCAGGCCUGGGCCAAGACAAACACCCUCUCCUCUCUUGUCCUCAGCUGCCCCUGUAGCCCUAACCUCCGAGACAAAGACAGAGGAGACCACACCAGGAUAUGGCAGGCCUUCCAAGCCCGAGGCCUUUCUCAGUAGGAACAUCUCCAUCUGUGGGUCCCCGGCUCCUGGGCUCCAGUUCUCCUUCUUGAAAGGACAGAGGGCACCCCUGAUGCCCCCCGAGAAGGCCCUACUCCAGCAUGUUGGGAAGGCCCUGAGCCCCCUCAACUCUCUUCAGUCUUGUGGAGCCAAGGCCCCAGGGAAAGAUGGGACAGCUCUCCCCAGAACAUCUGGCUCAGCCCCACUGUCUGGGGAGCUGCCUGGCUUCCGGAAAGAUUCUGCAGGUCCCCCAGGAGGAAGACUUAGCCUGGAGGAGUGUUCCAGGCCUGAGCCCAGGAUUGAGACUCUGGGAAUCAAGCUUCUCCACUCCAGGAUAGCCUGCCUGCCAGGUGGUAGAGACCGGCUGGGGCGGCCUCUGCUUCUGGUGUCGACCACGCAGGAGGCCUGGGAGGCACCCUGGUGUACUGCCUUGGAGGUCACGGAGUUGCUGUCCUACUUAUGCGGUGUUCCUAGGCUGGAGGAUAAAGCCAAGGGGCUGCUGGUGGUGAUUGAUGCCAGGAAAGGGCCCCCGAGUCCUGCUCUGGUCAGCGCCCUGCAGAGCACACAGGCCCUGGCUCCAGCCUCUAUUAGCAAAGUGCUCCUCCUGGGAGAGAAGGCAUCCAUCCUUCAACUACCUGUACUACCUGUCCAGGUGGAGGUACUGACCUCGCUAAAGGCCCUCAGAAACCACGUGGACCCUAGCCAGCUGCCCGAGGCUCUGGAGGGCCCCUUCCCCUACCACCACAGCGAGUGGGUGCAGUUCUUCCAGAAGCUGGACCCGUUUGUCACUGACCUUCGCCAGGCCUCAUCCCUGCUGCAGGCUUCCAUUCAAGAGUUUGAGAAGGGUGACCCCCCUGGUGGGGUGCAGGAGGCCACCAGGUGCCUGAGCAAGUCCAAGGAUCUGAUGGAGGCUGUGCUGAGGGACCCGGGCCUGCUGGCUCUUCAGAGGGAAGGUGGAGCUACUCUGGCCAGGCUGCAGCAGGAGGCCAGCAGGCUGAGCACCAACCCUGAAGUCAGGAGCCAUCUGACCGAAGCUGCAGCCCUGUACAACCUUGUGGAUGACCAGCUUCACGUCCUGGUCACUGCGUCCAAUCACCUCCUCCGAAGGCUGGAGCUCCGUGUCCGACUGGGCCACCUGGAAGCUGCCAUCCACCAGGUCAAUGACUGGAUGGAGCGGGAAGGAAGCCGGUGUCUGCAGGCUCUAUCCCCUGUGGAUAUAUGUGCAGAGACAGUGGAGAAAGUCCACGCCGAGUUUGAGGAUUUCUUCCUGCAGGUUGCGGCCCAGUAUCGCCAGGGCCUGGAACUGUCCAAGCAGGCUGCGCAGUUGGGAGCUGAAGAAGGGGCAGGGGAGACAGGGCUCCCAGACCUGGCAGCCUUCGCCUCCACCCAGCAGGCCUUCCAAGCCAGGCUGACGCAUUUCUACAUGGCGGCCGAGAGGCAGCGCACUGACCUGGAGACCCUGCUCCACCUCCACCGCUUCAGAAAGAAGGUGUGCCGGUUCCACACGGACUGUCAGGACCUGCUGACCCAGCUCAGGCUGGGCAAGAAGACUUCGAGGGCCAGCCCUGGGGACCGGCUCCACCUCCGCCUCCACUGUUACCUGAAGCGCCUGGCGUCUGAGUUCCAGAUGGAGAAGCUCCUGGCCAUGAAGCUCCAGGUGACCUCCCUGAGCUGGGCUGGCCUGGGCCAGGAGCUGUGGGAAGAGACCCAGGAGCGACACCAGGAGACCCAGAGCUUGCUGAGGAAGGCACUGGCCUACUGCCCAUGCCCAGAGGCCACUGCUGCCCACCCAGCACACACAGAUCGAAGCGGGACAGCAGCUAAGGGCCAGGGUCUGCCUAGAGAGGUGGCCUCCAAAUGGGACAGGUCCCUACAGGACUGUCUGGCUGCAGAUGCGUCAAGAUCCCACUGGUCUCCCCAUGUCUCCCAAGGGGAACAGAGCAGAAACCUGUGGGCAGGCCUACCACCCCAGGAAACCGGCCAGACUGUCGACACCGAGGAAGGCCGAGGUGCCCCCAAGCUGCCCGAGCCCACCCUGGAGCGGCUCCUCGCCUCUCUCUUUUCCUGGCAUCACCUUCCCAGACAGAGCAAGGCCUCUCACCCAACUGGAGGCAGCUUUUCCUCUGAGGGCACAGACUCACAGACAUCCCUGGAGGACUCACCCCACACAAGCCCUCCUGCAUCCCUCUAACUGGAUCUGAACCAUCACGUUAGCUCUGGGGACUGGGAUAGGACCAAUGGGAGGGGUCUGCUGAGCCCAUACCACCCUAUCAGACAUGGCCGUGGAGCGAUGUCAGGAGGACCACCUUCUGGCUCCAGAAAACCCCAAGAUGAUGGAUUGUUACCCACACAGAAUAGUGUCCGUGGGAGUUAGAACCCAGACUUAAUGAAAGCACAUUGGGCCAUGACUGCAGGGUCUCCUAUGGCAAGGCUGGCUGGGGCCACCUUUGCAAAGUCUUACCCAGACUGCCACUUGGGGUUCACAUGGGUAACAAAGUAGUGGGAGGGGGGCCUCUUGCCUUGAGCCCCAGGGUAACAGACCCUGAGACUCUGCAUUUGGCGGUGACCCCAGGAGCCUCUGGGAAGAGGGUGGGAAGGAGGGGGAGGGAAAUAAAGGACAUUUGUCAGGCAAGCUCCAUCCUGCCGAGGUCUGCCAGGGGACAGCAGGGGGCAGCAGUGGGCCUCAUAGAUGCCCAUCUAGAGGGGAGGCAGCCCUCACCGCCUACCUCAGGAGCUGACUCUAGUGGACAAGGGCAGGAACAUGGCAGAGGAAGAAACUGCUUGACAGAGCUCUCCCCAGGAACCCGGCUCCCCAGCUCAGACUCAAGGAACCAACCACUUGGGAUCUUGUCCUUGCGUUCCAUAGACACCUCCAGUUCCCACGGGGUGUUACUUCACCCCCAUGUCCCCCACAUUCAGUGUCAACCGCCCAGUGUCAUGGGGGGCAACAGAGGAGGGGAGUGGUGCAAUCUUUGAAAGCAGGUAGGGGUGGGUGCAAUGGGAAGAGGACUAUUAGAUCUACAGCACCACGCUUUUUACAGGGCUGGCGUAGCGCCCCCUAGUGUCACCUCUGAGCGCCGACAUGUUGCAAGGAUUCACAGGGCUCUGGAUCAGUCUUGACUACCAAGAUGGCCCGCUGGCAGCCCUGCCUGAGUUUUUCAGGCCCUGAGAGGAGGGUGAAAUACCUGCUCACCCCCACCAGUGAGGCUGUGUCAGGGGAGAGGGAAGCCUGAACCAGGCUUGGGAGGAUGAGGUGCCACGGGAGAUGUCUCAGCCCCAAACAGCUUCAAGAAUCUUCUCUGAGAUUCAGGAUUUCUCCAAGCAUAGCCUGAGGCCUGCCUGCUUCAGAGCCACCAGUGAAGGUGAUUUGUAAGGAAGCCUGCUCAGGGAAUGACAGCCCCUCCACAGCACACACUAAAACCAGGCCCCGGGGCCUGGGGGAGACUGGAGGCCGCACUGGGGCCACCUGAUCAGGUGUUCCAGGCCAUUGUCCAUUCUGCUGACAUCACAGAUUGCCACAGGCUGUGUGACUUACAAUGAGAGCUUAGGGGACUCACAGUUCUAGAGUCUGGGAGUCCAAAGUCCAGGGGCUGCCUCUGGUGAGGACCUUCUUGUGUGCGAGCAUGGCCUGUAGAUGGAGCUUGUGUGGAAGAGGAGGGAAGGGUAAACAUCCUUCAAAGAGGGCCGCUCCCACAUUCAUCUCACAGGAGGACAGUGAGCACCCGUAUGACCUUUCUACCUCCAUCUCUCAAGUUUCCAACACGUGAAUUUCAGAGGACACUUGAAACCUAGGGUGGUUCCCUUGGGAAGUUCUUGGGGCUCCAGGUCCCAGGCAGCUCAGACUUUGCAUUCCUCUCCCAGGCCUUGCAUCCAGAAGGCUGACUGAGGAUGCUUGAGGAAUUUGAUCAGCCAUCUCCAUCCAAGCCUGUCACCUCAGAGGGGGGCCGAAGGCUCUUAAGCUGUUGUUGCCAUAGAAACAGCAUCCAGCCAGUGGAGACCACAGGCAAGGAGCAGGAAACCUGGGGAGCAAGAAGGAAAGCUGACUUCAGGGAGACCCACAACCACUGCUGGGAAUGACUGGGGGGAGAAGGGAUGAGUGAGCCAAGGAUCUUUGGGUAGGAGGGGACCCCAAGGUCUUACAUGUCCUCCUGUUUCCAAAAAGAACUGUACCCCAACUAUUGACCUGCUCCUGGCAGCUCCAAGGGAGAAAAGGUGCAGAUGUGGAAUACGGGUGAAUGACCACAUUCAAAAACGAGGAAGGGCUGGGAAGAUGUGUGGAGUGCUUACUGAGCGAGCAUGGGGACCUGAGCGUGGGGACCUGAGCAUGGGGACCUGAGCGUGGGGACCUGAAUGUGGGGACCUGAGUGAGGAUUCCCCAAGCAUGAAAAAGCUUGGUGUGGCUGUGUGUGUCUAUACCCUGGAGCAAGGGGGUUGAGACAGGCAGGCAGAUCCCUGAGGCUCACCCAGCCAGCCUAGCUGAAUCCAUGAGCUCCAGGUUCAGUGAGAGAUUCUGUACCAAAAAGCAAGGUGGAGAGAAAAGCCGCUGUUGUCUUGUCUGGCCUCCACCUGUACCAGCGAUGGCUCCCAAAUGCACGUCCACAUGCA